AUGAGCCCUCCCGAACAACCUCGUGAGAGCAGCCAAACCCGAGCUAUUAGGCCCGCAGCAGCUGUGCACGACACCGGCUUUCCCUUGGCUUGCUCCGAAUCACAUCAAAACCAAAUCCAAGCUCCUGUUCCGACCUCACUUGACAAUGCGCGACCGAGAGCCACUUUCGAUUUGGUGAAUGAUAUCAAGGGCCAUGAUGCCACCCCACGACCAUUUGCCGGGGGACGCUUCCUCAGGGAUUUGGGAGAUGCUUCGCGCUCACCUUCGCAAAGCCCUUUUCGCCUAGCCAUGCCUAGUAUAUCCCCUGCCCAGCUUGCAUUCUCUGCCAUGCAGUACUUGCCGGUACCAACACUCGUUCUUAAUAAUCUUAAGACCGUCGUCCUGGCCAACGAAGCAAUGGGUCGAAUGCUAGGACUCAUUACGGAAGAUUCGGAUGAAGAGGAUACUCUACCGACUAUCGAAAGCCUUCGCGGCCAGACCUUGUCUCAAGUCGGUGUUGAUAUCCUCCAGGAUGGACAGCCUGUGUGGGCGACGUGGGAGGCUUUCCUCGAUUCUCAGGUGGAUGAAAUGGGCGUGCGAAUUGCGGCAAGGGAUCCACGACGACCAUCACAGUCUGGCGGCGAUGAGACGCCAACCGCAAGCACAAUGCCUCUCCCCGAGAGGACACCAAGCCCACCCACGCGUAAAACCCAGGACUCCAUCGUGGAAGUUGUUAUCACCCGCAAAAAUGGCAACAAGACAGCGUUUGAUGGCCGCUAUAACCCUAAAGAUUCGGAUUGUCAAGUAUAUGCUAAGAUGAUUAUUACAAUAUGGGAACUCGAAGAUCAUCAGACGUUCUUCACACUCACCUUUACCAGCACGGAAUCCCCGCCAUCUACUCUUCACAGCACGAAACGACCCGUUGCGAGACCGAGUAUCCUCGAGGCUGCCGAGCGCAAAUCUAUUGCCCACUCAAACCCGUCCUCGGUUGCGUCAAGUCGAGAUUCGAAUUCACCGUCGUUUCACAGCCCAGGAAUUGUCACCAUGUCAUCUAGCCCUUUCCCACCGAUGGGCCCCCCUUCUGUCGCAACCCAUUCAAGUACGCCUUCUCUUCUGCAAAAGAUGCUGCUGAUGAAAGACGCACUGCUCAACAAUACCCAAAUGCCUAUUCUGGCAAUGUGGAAAGAUGGUAGUGUCACUUUCCCCAACACAGCCGCUCGGAAACUCUUCGAGAAAGAAGCCCCGCUCGAUACAUCUCUUAAUGGCUUUGAUCUCAUGCGGUAUUGGCACAUUUACACUGAGGACUUCUCGGAGCGCUUUGCGGUUGAGGAUAUGCCUAUUUGCAAGUUGCUCAAGACGGAGAAGCCCUUCAGCGGAUUUCGUGUUGGCAUGUAUGAUGAAAACAGAAAUAAGCGGAUUUACGAUGUCCUUGGUGAGGCUAUUCGGGACGAUUCCACUGGCGAGUUUCUCGCUGGUGUAGUUACCGGACGAGACGUUACUGUUAUGACAGAAGAGAUCACACAAAUAAAAGAGCGGGAUGAAGAGCGUUUCAAGCUGAUUUGCGACACAAUGCCUCAACUGGUAUGGACGGCAAUGCCUGAUGGCAUGGUCGAUUUCUGGAACACUCGGUUUUACACUUACACCGGGCUUACUCCAGAGAAUAGUCUUGGCAAGUCAUGGGUGAACGCUUUUCACCCCGAUGAUCUUCCUGAAGCACACCGGAGGUGGCAACACUCGCUGAAUACGGGCGAUACUUACGUGACGGAAUACCGUUGCCAGAGUAAGGAAGGCAAUUGGCGUUGGUAUCUCGGCCGGGCAUUGCCUCAGCGUAACAAAGAAACUGGAGAAGUCGAGAAGUGGUUUGGAACCUGCACUGAUGUCCACGAAAGCAUCCAAACCAAAAUGAGCGCGAAACGUACACGACAACAACUUCUUAGCGUCAUUGCCCACUCUCAUGUUACCAUUUUCACGGUUGACCCCAAUCGAAGGGUCACAAUGCUCGAAGGCGCAUUGAUCUGGAACAACACUCACGAGGAGAACCAUGAUGGAACGAGGUGGUUCAUUGGAGAGAAUAUGUAUACUGUCUUCAAUCGCUUGACAGCGCAACUAGCAGACGGAGAACGUCCCGAAUUCCUUGAACCCAUAGAGCUAUUGCUCGAUGGAAAAGCCACUGAAGAUCUCAAGGAACACGGCAUUGACGACCGUUGGUACCGAACUCGUUUCCUUCCCAUGUUUGGCAAAAGGCCACAAGAAGGAGAUGCCAGGAACGGCACGUAUAUCGAAGGGGUCAUUGGCGUAAUCAUGGACGUUACCGAACUGAAAGUUCGCGAAGAAGCCCUGGAGAAGCAGUCCAAAGAAAAGCGAAGGGCGAUGGCGAAUGAAGCAGCUGCCAAGGAGGCCAAUAGACUCAAGAGUCAAUUCCUCGCCAACAUGUCUCACGAAAUACGAACGCCCAUCACUGGUGUGUUAGGAAUGGCCGAAUUACUUAGCGGAAUGCAGUUGGACGCAGAGCAACAAGAAUAUGUCGAAAACAUUCAGAGCUCGGCAACAUCUCUGUUAACCGUUAUCAAUGACAUUCUAGACUUCUCGAAGGUGGAGUCUGGGCGGUUGGAUAUCGAAGAGGUACAAUUCUCCUUAUCCCAUAUCGUCAAGGAAGUGGGGAGAAUGCUUCAGUUUGCUGUUGAACGAAAGAACCUUGACUUUCAAUCCGAUAUUGGAGAUGGCAUCGAAAACGAUUUGGUGGUCAUUGGUGACCCUGGACGUGUGCGGCAGAUCCUGACCAAUCUUCUUACCAACAGCAUUAAAUUCACAAAUCAAGGAUACGUCAGAUUUUCAGUCACGGCAGAGAAAGAGACCUCAGAGUCAAUCGAAGUUCGAUUUACGGUCGAAGAUUCGGGCAUUGGAAUUCAGGACGAUGUUCGCAAGAAGCUUUUCCAGCCUUUUAGCCAAGGUGAUGCCUCAACCGCCCGACGGUUUGGUGGUACUGGACUGGGUUUGACCAUCUGCAAAAACUUACUUGACCUCAUGCACGGCCGUAUCUCGCUCGAAUCGAAUGUUGGGGUCGGAACUCAAGCAACCUUUUGGAUCCCUUUCAAUAAACCAAGCGGCCCGGCUGAGGCUGGCCUCGCUAAUGCUGGUGCCAUCCCUGACCGGCUGCAAUCUGAACUUAGCUUGUCUUGCAACAGUUCAGAAUACGAUCAGAUUGUUGGCACCCCUCCGCCUUUCGACGGAAUACAGGCCAACAAUGCGGGAUCCCGUCGGACUCGCUUCGGCAUAUCAUCAACAUCAAGCCCAGAACAAGAACUUGCAGCAUCAGAAAGAGCUAAGAUCCACGUUUUGGUGGUGGAAGAUAACCCUAUCAACCAGAAGAUUGCCACGAAAACCAUUGGCAAACUCGGUUUCCAAGUGACGGCUGCUUGGAACGGCAAGGAAGCCCUGGAAUACCUUGCUGGUGUUCAAAAAGGUAUCAAACAGAAGCCAGAUAUCAUCCUCAUGGAUGUACAGAUGCCCAUCAUUGAUGGCUACAAAUGCACCCAUCUUCUAAGGCAUCACAUGCCUUACAAGUCUUUGGUUCAAGAUGUGCCGAUCGUGGCCAUGACGGCAUCGGCUAUUCAGGGUGAUCGUGAAAAAUGCACCAAAGCUGGGAUGGAUGAUUAUCUCGCCAAGCCAGUUCGGGGUGUUAUCUUGGAGAAGAUGCUUUUACGAUGGUGUCACUCUCGACGCCGGACAUCGGCGACACCAGACCCUACUGCUUCCGACUGUUCAGAGAUGAGCGAGCACUGCGACAAUGCUGAUAUUCCGAACAUUGGCAUCGACGACGAUGACAUGCCACAGACAUCUGAGGAAAUCAAUGGCAGCCCCAUCACACCUCGACCGUUGACCACCAAUGGAUACCAGAACGAGCCGUCGCCCUUUGAUUCUACCGGGCUGGCAGUGCAGGUCCGACGACCAGAAGGAGAGACUGAAUGGUCUAACAGGCUACAAGAAACAAAACUCAUCGACGCUGCAGGGGGCCCGUCAAGCUACCGGAGGAACUCAUACCACGAACUACAGACCGGAGAUUCGUUGACCGAGGAGAAUGUCAACAAGUUGAAGAGCGAGAAUCAGUCGACGACACGUCGAUAA